UCUAAAAAAAAUCUCUUAAAAAGUAACAAAACUAUAAUAUUAAAUGUAAUAAAUUAAAAUAAAAAAAUGGCGCGCAAAAAGAAAGCUUUAAAAGACUUAAAAGAGCACAAAAAUAAUACAACAACAAUAGAGCAAACAGCAGCAGCAGCAUUACAAGAUCCCAGCUCUCCAGUUAUGUCACCCAAAAAGAGAAACAGUUUUGAUGAGAAUAUAUUACAACAGCAACAACAACAACAACAGCAAAAGUUUACACAAUACCAAAGUGAUGGUGAAUUAAUGGAAUUAAAACAAAAAUUAAAUUUAGAAAAAAAUAAAUCAAAUUUAUUUCUUAUCAAAUCCUAUUCUUUUAUUGAUAAAACCAAUAAUAAACGACCUUCAUCGGUCAUAAAUGUUAAGGCCAAAUUACAAGAAUUUGAUAAAUUUCAACAAAAAACUCUUUCAACGGAACAAAAUGUGGAAAAAGAAGAGAGUAAAUCAAAAAGUAAAAAGUCCUCUAAGAGUAAACAGUUUCAAAAAGGUGAAGAGAAAAAGGAGAAACCCAAGAAACCUCCCAAACUUAAGAAAAUGAAAAAAUCUAAAUCUACUCACGAUUCUACGGAGAAUUUGGAGGAUUUUCAAGAGUUAUUAAGGAAACCCUCAGUGAUAUUGGAAGAUGAGGUUAAAACGGCGCAGGUGGCUAGGCCUCAGUCUUUACCAGUCUCUCAAAAUCAACACAGAUCGGUUAUAAAGUCCAAAACUUUGGAUGAUAUCGAGACGCCUCGUUUGAAAAGAGAUUCCUUUAUACGUCACAGUUUACAGUCUAUACGUAGAAGUUUUUCCUCUUCCAAGAAACAUAAUAACAAUAUAAGCUUUACCUCUUCCUCCUCCUCGUCUUCUUCUGCCUCUAGCUCCUCCUCUGGCUGCUCUAACUCUUCCAUACUGUCGGAUUCUUUACGCAAAACGAAAACCAAAGAUUUUAACAAAGAUAUAGGCAAUUUAAAAGAUAUCGAGGACUCUAACUAUCUCAUUGCUGUGGAGGAGGAAGACUUCGUUGAUGGUGUGGUUGUCUCACAACCCUGUAAUGUUGUUAUAACCCUAAAUGAUGCUCAAACUUUACAAUCAAAUCCUGUAAAUACAAAUACUCCUCAACCUCCCUCCAAUUCAUCUUUCUCCACAUCCUAUACAAUGGAUUCAUUGGCUGUGCUUAAGGAAGAAGAUGAAAAGGAUUUAUGCUCAUGUUUUAAUCCUAGCAAUGGCGCCAGCUGUAAUAGUAGCCCUCUUGCUACCAGUGUAAAUAACCCCCCAAGGUAAGUAAGUACAAUAACA